GAUCUCAUAAAAUUCCAGAAGAAGGUCCUCUCGUUUUUGUUGCUGCCCCACAUGCAAAUCAAUUCGUUGAUCCGCUCAUUCUUGUGAGGAAUAGCAAUCGACCUAUUUCCUUUUUAAUCGCGGAAAAAUCCAUGAAACGCAAAUAUAUUGGCUCUAUGGCUCGUGCUCUUCAUGCAAUACCCGUCGUAAGACCUCAAGAUUUAGCCAAACCCGGAAAAGGAAAAAUUUAUUUAAAUGACCGUAAAACUGAACCUCUUAUUAUUAGUGGUAUCGAUACGAAAUUUACUGAACAAUUGAAAAUAGGUGGUCAAAUUUCUUUACCAAAUGAUCGAACAACUUACAAAUGCUUACCACACAUUGAUCAAAGUAAAGUAUAUAAAGCAGUGUUUGAAGUUUUAAAUGCUGGAGGUUGUGUUGGAAUAUUUCCCGAAGCGGGUGUAACUAUUAUGGCUUUGGGUGCUAUGGCUGCUAAUCCUAAACUUAAUGUCAAAAUUGUGCCAUGUGGUUUGAAUUAUUUUCAUGCCCACCAAUUUCGUUCUCGUGCUGUUGUUGAAUUUGGUUCUCCUAUUUCGAUACCACGUGACUUGGUUGAAAGAUUCAGUAAAGGUGGCCAAUAUAAAAGGGAUGCCUGUAGUAAUUUGUUGGAAAUAAUUUAUAAUGGCUUAAAAUCUGUGACUGUUAAUACUCCGGAUUAUGAGACAUUGAUGACCAUUCAGGCUGCUCGUCGUUUGUAUAAACCUGAACAUCACAAACUUGAGCUUCCUGAAGUGAUGGAAUUAAAUAGACGCUUUGUUAGCGGUUAUAUGAAUUUUAAAGAUGAUCCGAGGGUUCAAAAAAUGAAUAAAGAAGUGAUGGCAUAUAAUCAACUAUUAAAAUAUUAUGGGUUAAAGGAUCAUCAAGUUCAAAAAACUGCCCAUGGUGAAUUUAGAGCCUUGUUCUUAUUAUUACAACGAAUUUUUCUUUUGAUGUUAUGGAGUAUUUUAGGCUUUCCCGGAAUGAUAUUAGGUUUUCCUAUAAUGGUUAUCGCUCGAAUUAUUAGUGCCAAGAAAGCGAAAG